AUGGCAUCACAAGAAGAUAUAUUAAAAAACCAUAUCAACGCUCUAGAAACUUAUAUCAAAGAACUUUCAAUUCAACCAAAACAAUCUCAAAUAUGUAUACCUGAAAAUCCUAUUCCUGUUAUUGAAGUUAAACCAGUACCAACUACUACUUAUAAUGUUAUUGCAGACCAACCAACUCAAGUGAAUGUAAAAUCAUCAUUACCUAAUGUUGGAACAAUAGUUAUACCCCAACCAAUUUCUACUGAAACUAUUAAUUCAUGGAAAAAUGAAGAAUCAUUAACAGUUGCAUUACAAUUAAAAUUAGCACUUGCGAUUGAUGAGUUAGAAAAGUCUGCACAAGUUAUAGAUAAAAAAAAUACAGAAAUUUUUCAUUUAGAAGAACAAAUUAAAACGAUAGAAAAAGCCACAGAAAAUAAACAACAAUCUCGUGAGAUAGCCAUUCAAAAUAUAGAACUUUGGAAACAAAAUGAUGAAUUAAAGAAAGCCGCAUUAGAGGCACUUGAAAUAUUAAAUGGAAAAACAAUAGAAAAAGUAUGUGUUGAUGAAAUUAUGCAACAACGUAAACAAAUGGAAGGAUUAAUGGAAAAAUUAAUUCAACGAUUUAAAGAAGUAACUGUAGAAAAAUCAAAGUUAGAAAUUAAAAUAAGAAAUAUGGAAAAUUUAAUUCAAAUGAAAGACACAAAAAUUGAACAAAUGCAACAAACUAAAUUAAUUUAUGACAAAUUUAAACCAAUAACACCAACACCUCAUUCUAAUCAAAUUGAAAUUGAACAAUUAAAAAAAGAAAAUAAAGAAUUAAAAAUGAAUAUUGAAGAAUUAAAUAAAAAUAAAAGAGAGUUAAUAAACAAUGUUGAAGAGUUUCAAAAACAACCUGUUAUUGAAAAGUUUAUUAAAGUUGUUGAAAAAACUGGAGGAGAAGAAUACGCUGAAAAAUAUAAAGAACUUAGAGACCAAUUAAAUGAUGAACGAAAAGAAUGGAAAGAAGAAAAAGAAGAGUUAAAACAAAAAGAAGAACAAUUAAUUACCUUGAACAAAUCAUUACAAAAACAAAUUAUUCAACAAAGUGAAUGGUCUGAAAAGGAAGAAUAUGAACAAAUUAUUAAAGAAAAGAAUUCCCUUAUUGGAAAAAUUCAAUUAGAAUGUUUAGAAGCUAAACAACAAGUUGAAAAAGCAAAUGAAAUGAUUCAACAUGUUCAACAAAUACAAGAAGAAAAAGAAUCUUAUUUAAACCAAAAAAAAGCACUUGAUAUUAUAAAAAAUCAAUUAGAACAAGACAAAAAGAAUUUAGAAGAAAUGGUCAUUAAACUUAAUAAUGAAAUACAAGAAAAAAAUAAACAAAUUAUAGAAUUAGAAACAAAUACUAAAAGGCUAGAACAAACUAUUACUCAACAUGUUAAUGAAUUAAAUACUUCUAAUCUAAAUUCUAAGAAUAUUAUCAAUCAAAAAGAAAAAGAACUUACUGACAAAAAUAUCGAAAUUAAACGAUUAAAUGAACUCAUUGAACAAUUACAAUUAAACUCUCACCAAAAAGAUUUGUCUAUUCAACAAUUAAAAUCUAUUAAAAUACAAAAAGAAGAAGCUGAACGACCACAAAAACUUCAAGAACAACAACCACAAAAACUUCAAGAACAAUCUUCUCAACAACACGAUCAUAUUGAGCCUAAUCUUUCACUACAACCUCAACAAAUACAAAAUCAAAUCCCUAAUCAAUCAACUCAACCAGCUGCUUCUUUGCAAUUGGUUGUUGAUACUGCAAAUCCCUCAACCAAGCAAUCAAACCCAUUAACCAGUGAAUUAUCCCCGUCUUUAUCAACUCAAAAAACACAAGAAAUAUCAAAUACCAAUAACGUAAAACAAAGUAUUAGUAAAGAUGUUUCUGAUUUUCUUGAAAGGAUACGCCCAAUUAAACGAGAACCUGAAGGUGUUAAUAUCCCUGUUCCACAAAAAAAGCAACCAAAACGUAUUGAGACACAAGAAGAACGAGAGGAAAGAAGAAGAAAAAAGUUUGAACGUCCAUUAGAAAGCCCAAAACGUUCAAAUUCUACUAUCUCCACUUCCUCUACUCCACUUCCUCCAAGGCAUUUAGACAAUGACAACGCUGUAAAUGUAACUAGUUCAAAUACAACAGAACAUAAAGAACAAAUUCAAACCCAAUCAAAUGAAAUCAAAAACAAUUUAGAAAAAGACACUCCUCCUAUCACGAAUAAAGGAGAACAGUUGGACCAAACAAAAACCUUAUCUUUAUCUACUGAAGUUAAUAUCACUCCAAGUAAUCAAUCUCAACCAAUAACAUUACAACCUUCUACUCAAACUUUAUCAAAACAAGAAGUCAAACCAAGUCAAACAGAAGAAGCUAUUUUACCAACUACAAAUAAAAAUCAAAUCCAACAACAACAAACACCAAUAAACCCUAUUUUUAAUACUUCUCAACUUAAUCCUACAAAUUCAAUUACUACAAAUACUAUUCCAGAUAUUCCAAAAGAAACUCCUAUUAAUUCUUCAUUUAAUAUAACUCAAUCUACUUCAUCAAUAUCUCAAAGAAUGGUUGAAGAACCUAUCGAACAAAAAAUGGAUGAAGUACCAAAAGAAGAGUCUUCUCAAAAAAUAAACAGUCAAGACUUCAGCUCAUUCUUCACUGAUAACCAACAACCAUUUGGAUUUGGAACAACAAAUAACUUAUCAUUCAAUUCGUUUAAUGGAAAUUUACAACUUCAAAGUCAAGUAAAUAUGGAAGUAGGUAGUAAUGAUGAAAAUAUUCAAAAAAUUAAUAAAAUGGAAGAAGAGAAGAAACCAAUGAUGACAUCAUUAGAAUAUUCUAGUCAAUUUGUUAAUACAAAGAAAUCAAAAAAGAAAGAAGAAGCCGGAAUGAAUGUUACUAUGCAAGAAGAAGAAUAUGAAGAAGAGAGUUCAUCCAGUUCAUCUGAAGACAGUCAAGAAGAGCCAAAAGAAGUAGAAGAUGUUGAACAUAAGAAAGGUAAUUUUUAUAGUAUUAAACUUCAAGAAAAAGAUGCCAAAAAAGAAAAACGAAAUUCUGGAAUGAAAAUAGUUAACUCAAAAGACCAAAAAAAGGUAGGAAAAAAAAAUAAAAAAGGAGAAAGGAAAAGUGGAAAACAUGCUAAGAAAUUUGGAAAAAAAUAA